AUGCGCCACCCGACCGGCUGCCCGCUGAGCCAGAUCUGCAUCCCCCCUCCCGCCGUCCUGGUGAGGAGCUUCCCGGUGAGCUCCAGCCCGGAUCCCUGCGGCACCACCGGCAGCUUCCAGUGCCUCCCUUCCCGCCGGAGCCCCUGCUGCUACCCCGGCACCACCACCUACGUCAACCUGGGGAGCCUGGCCACGGCCCAGGCCGCCGGCUGCGCCAAGCCCUGCGGCCUCGCGGCCACCAUCAGCGCCCCCACGUGCUACCAGGGCGUGGCCGGGUACACCACGAGGUGCAGGAACCCCUGCUGCUGCUGCCGAGUGACCGAGAGCUGCGCCAGGAGCCGGGACUGCUGCCAGGAGGUGGCCGAGUGCUCCACAGCCACGUGCCAGGAUCUGUGCCGUCAGGAGGUCGCCAAGUGUGUCACAACGUGUCAAGAUCCAUGUUGUCAGGAGGUCACCAAGUGCACAACCACAUGUCAAGAUCCGUGCUGUCAGGAGGUCACCAAGUGUGUCACAACGUGUCAGGAUCCCUGUUGUAAGGAGGUCACCAAGUGCACAACCACAUGUCAAGAUCCAUGCUGUCAGGAGGUCACCAAGUGUGUCACCACGUGCCAGGAUCCCUGCUGCCAGGAGGUGUCCAAGUGUGUCACAACAUGCCAAGAUCCGUGCUGCAAAGAAGUGACCACGUGCACCACCACGUGUGUGGACCCCUGCUGCCAGGAGGUCACCAAGUGUGUCACCACGUGCCAGGAUCCGUGUUGUAAGGAGGUCACCAAGUGUGUCACCACGUGCCAAGAUCCCUGCUGCAAGGAGGUGACAAAGUGCACCACCACGUGUGUGGAUCCGUGUUGUAAGGAGGUCACCAAGUGUGUCACCAGGUGUGUGGAUCCAUGUUGCAAGGAGGUCACCAAGUGUGUCACCAGGUGUGUGGACCCCUGCUGCCAGGAGGUGACCACGUGCACCACCACGUGUGGGGACCCGUGUUGUCAGGAGGUCACCAAGUGCGUCACCACAUGCCAAGAUCCGUGUUGCAAAGAAGUGACCAAGUGCACCACCAGGUGUGUGGACCCCUGCUGCCAGGAGGUCACCAAGUGUGUCACCACGUGCCAGGAUCCCUGCUGUAAGGAGGUCACCAAGUGUGUCACCACGUGCCAGGAUCCCUGCUGCAAGGAGGUGACCACGUGCACCACCACGUGUGGGGACCCGUGUUGUCAGGAGGUCACCAAGUGCGUCACCACAUGCCAGGAUCCCUGCUGCCAGGAGGUGUCCAAGUGUGUCACAACAUGCCAAGAUCCGUGCUGCAAGGAGGUGACCACGUGCACCACCACGUGUGCGGAUCCGUGUUGUCAGGAGGUGUCCAAGUGUGUCACCACGUGCCAGGAUCCCUGCUGCAAGGAGGUGACCACGUGCACCACCACGUGUGUGGACCCCUGCUGCCAGGAAGUCUCCAAGUGCGUCACCAGGUGUGUGGACCCGUGUUGUCAGGAGGUCUCCAGGUGUGACCCCAGGUGCGUGGACCCGUGUUGCCAGGAGGUCGCCAAGUGCAGAACCAGAUGUGUUGACCCGUGCUGCCAGGAGGUUGCCAAGUGUGUCACCACGUGCCAGGAUCCCUGCGGCAAGGAGGUCACCAAGUGUGUCACCAGAUGUGUGGAUCCGUGUUGCAAGGAGGUCACCAAGUGUGUCACCAGAUGUGUAGAUCCAUGUUGCAAGGAGGUCACCAAGUGCAGAACCAGAUGUGUGGAUCCCUGUUGCCAGGAGGUCGCCAAGUGUGUCACCACGUGCCAGGAUCCCUGUUGCCAGGAGGUCACCAAGUGUGUCACCAGGUGUGUGGAUCCGUGUUGCAAGGAGGUCACCAAGUGCACCACCAGAUGUGUUGACCCAUGCUGCCAGGAGGUCACCAAGUGCGUCACCAGGUGCGUGGAUCCCUGCUGCCAGGAGGUCACCAAGUGCGUCACCACGUGUGUGGAUCCGUGUUGCCAGGAGGUCACCAAGUGUGUCACCACGUGCCAGGAUCCCUGCUGCCAGGAGGUGACAAGGUGCACCACCAGGUGCGUCGAUCCCUGCUGCCAGGAGGUCACCAAGCGCGUCACCACGUGCCAGGAUCCCUGCUGUGUCACCAGAUGUGCCACCAGAUGUUUGGAUUUGGAGGCUCCCGCCAGUUCCUUUGGCUUCUCCGUCGCUCGCCAGGACCGGUGA